GGAAAGUCAUACUUUUGAUGCUCAUCCGACGUUGUCCAUGGCGCUCUAUCCAGCUGCACCAGCUCUGGCGUCUACGGCAAAUCCAUACUCGCGAAGAGAUACAUGACAAGCGUUGGCCUGGCUGGCAAGUAGUUGUAGGUAUUGAAGUCCAUGCCCAGAUCAAGUCUCGCCGCAAGCUCUUCUCGGACUCAUUCACAUCUCGACCGGGCGAGACACCUAAUACCAAUGUGUCUGCGUUUGAUUCCGCGUUCCCUGGAACACUGCCGACAUUGAACCCAAAAUGCGUGGAGUUAGCGGUCCGAACGGCGUUAGCACUGAACUCGAAAGUUCAAUACCAUUCGGCGUUCGACAGGAAACACUACUUUUACCCUGACCUCCCGGCAGGAUAUCAAAUAACUCAGCGUUACUCUCCGCUUGCUUCGGGGGGCUAUAUAAAACUCUCCAAAGGCGAUGUUGCAGUGGGAAUCACGCAGAUUCAACUUGAACAGGAUACGGCGAAAUCCACAUUUGAUGGGCUUCGACGUACAUCACUUAUUGACCUAAAUCGAGCUGGCUCAGGGUUGAUGGAGAUAGUUUCAGAGCCUGAUAUGCGAUCCCCCGAAGAGGCCGCAGAUUAUGUUCGGACAUUGCAGGCCGUCCUUCGCUGUGUUGGCUCAAGUGAUGGAAAUAUGGAGCAAGGCUCCUUCCGCUGCGAUGUGAAUGUAUCUGUCAACAAACAUGGACAGCCGCACGGCACUCGUUGCGAGGUUAAAAACCUCAACAGCGUGAAGUUCAUGAUGAUGGCGAUCACUUCAGAGGUCUUUCGUCAUAUCGAGCUACUCGAAAGUGGCCGCCCUGUGCCGCAGGACACUAGAGGAUUUGAUGAAAACAAAGCCGAAACUUUCAAGCUCAGAAGCAAGGAAGAUUCCCCUGAUUAUAGAUACAUGCCGGAUCCGAAUAUCCCUCCAUUGCUGAUAUCCGAGGAGUACAUUGAGACGAUCCGCAAGACCAUGCCGGACCUCCCUGAUGCAACUCGUGCCCGUUUACUUAAUCUUGGCUUAUCUGAGCGUGAUACAGACGUACUCAUGACCGUCGACUCUGGCCGCGAGGUUGGAUUUGAUGGCGAACUCGGAAAGGGCGCUGUGACUUACUUUGACUCCCUCGCCGAACAGAGGGAUCCGAGAGUCGUUGUCAACUGGAUGACGCACGAGCUUCUUGGGCAGUUGACUGCUCGGAAAGAGACCUUCAGCGAUAAUCCCGUAUCUGUCGAGCAACUAGGCGAACUCAUCGACCUGGUGCAGGAUGGCAAAAUUACUGGGACUUCGGGGAAAUCGAUAUUGAAGCAUAUCAUCGCCAAUCGGUCUUCCUCAGCUCCCUCUGUGAUCGCACAGGAACUUUCUCUUGAAGCUGUAUCAGAAGAUGAUAACUCCACCACUCGAGCAUGGUGUGUCGAAGCCAUUGAAGCGCUUCCUGGAGAGGCGGAAGUAGUGCGCCAAGGCAAUCCUCGAGUUCUCAACAAGCUCGUGGGUAAAGUCAUGCAGCUCAGCCGCGGACGUGCGAAUGCACAAAAUGCACGUGCCGUGCUAGCGGAUAUUUUGCGAAGAUAGCUUCUGAAGUUCUCUGUAAAUCACAUCAAAUGAUGCACAACUUCUCGAGUGAUUCUUCGUCGCUCGGCGCAAUGCAGCAGGUUCAAGGGAUUAGCCGGUUCUACGAAAACAACCAGACUAGCACUAUAUAGUUGCUAGCUGCCUCCUCCAGAAUCACACCAAGAUAUGUAGCAUAAACAGUGACUAGUAACAAAUAUUACUUCCGC